AUUUAAAAUUGACCAAGACAAUGGUGUGGGCCUUUCUUAUAUAUAAAUUUACCACGUUGUCUACACAAAGCCAUCCUUUACGUCUCUCUCUCUCUCCCCGACCGACGAAGAUCGCCGCCGGAUUAUCUGUUCACAACUACCGCUAGUUUUCGAGAUCAACCAUGAAUCCUGAAUAUGACUAUCUGUUCAAGCUUCUGCUCAUUGGUGAUUCUGGUGUUGGCAAGUCAUGCUUGCUUCUUAGGUUUGCUGAUGAUUCCUACCUGGAUAGCUACAUCAGCACCAUUGGUGUUGACUUUAAAAUCCGCACUGUCGAACAAGAUGGAAAGACCAUCAAACUCCAGAUUUGGGAUACGGCAGGUCAAGAGCGUUUCAGAACCAUCACUAGCAGUUACUACAGAGGAGCUCAUGGCAUCAUUGUGACUUAUGAUGUAACAGACCAAGAAAGCUUCAACAAUGUCAAGCAAUGGCUGAAUGAAAUCGACCGCUACGCUAGUGAGAAUGUGAACAAGCUACUGGUUGGGAACAAGUGUGAUCUCACUUCACAGAAAGUUGUCUCCACUGAAACCGCCAAGGCUUUUGCCGAUGAACUUGGGAUCCCAUUCCUGGAAACGAGUGCCAAGAAUGCUACCAAUGUCGAAGAAGCUUUCAUGGCCAUGACUGCCGCAAUCAAGACAAGAAUGGCGAGUCAACCUGCAGGAGGAUCCAAGCCAUCAACGGUCCAGAUCCGAGGACAACCAGUAAACCAACAAUCAGGCUGCUGCUCUUCUUAAUUUCGCUCUGGGAAACACUUAUUAACCAUAUGCUAUCUCCUUCGUAUGCAUGAACAUCGUUCUUCUUUCAUCUGGUCUUUGUUUUUUCAGUUUAUGUCCAAAAAUUUAUAAAAUUCUUUGUAAUGUAGUCACUUGCAAUAAUAAACUUAUUGGUAAAAGCUUUCAUUCAUAUUAAAUCUAAGUGGUGGUUUUUUUAUCAA